AGUGUGGCUGCUGCACUGUGCGGCUGGGGACCUAGAGUGAUUAUUACAAUGGAAGAAAUCAAUAAUUUUAAGACACCAAGCAAAUUAUCUGAAAAAAGAAAAUAUGUGUUAUGUUCAACUCCAUGUAUAAAAAUUCCUGCCUCUCUGUUUAUGCAGAAACUUGGCUAUGGCACAGGGGUAAAUGUCUAUCGUGAAAGAUCUCCAAGAGGCUUGUCUCAUUCUCCUUGGGCUGUGAAAAAGAUUAAUUUUAGAUGUAAUGGUGAUUAUCAAAGUAUGUAUCAAAAGAGAUUAACUAAUGAAGCUAAGAUUUUGAAAAGCCUUCAUCAUCCAAAUAUUAUAGGUUAUCGUGCUUUCACUGAAGCCAAUGAUGGUAGUCUGUGUCUUGCUAUGGAAUAUGGGGGUGAAAAGUCUCUAAAUGACUUAAUCGAAGAACGAAAUAAAGAAAGCCACAAUCCUUUUCCAGCAGCCACAAUUUUAAAAGUUACUUUGAACAUGGCAAGAGGGUUAAAGUAUCUGCACCAAGAUAAGAAGUUGCUUCAUGGAGACAUAAAGUCCUCAAAUGCUGUAAUUAAAGGUGAUUUUGAAACAAUUAAAAUCUGUGAUGUAGGAGUCUCUCUACCACUGGAUAAAAACAUGACAGUAACUGACCUUUGCGGGGGCCUGAUGAGUCCUUGGACUUGGCUGCGCAAGACUUCAAAAGACUGGAAGCUAACAGAUGCUAGCACAAGCAGGUACAAGUUGAAGAAGCAGCUUCCACUUCAGUCUUUAACUCUUGAGAUGACUCCAUGUUAG